UUCACUACUACUGUCUGUGAUUUCUUGUGAGAAAGAAGUGCGAUCGUUCCUUCUAUUUUGAUCAGUAUACCAUUGAGCGUUCAACAGAAAAGACGUUGGCAAACAAUUCAAACAGUAAUAACUCCGUAAUAAAAACAAAAAAGUUAAACAUUAAAAUCGUGAUCAAGCGAUUUUUCUCCAUCUAUUCAAGUGGACACAACCAUUUGUUUUUCGUCUAUUUGUUUUUAAAUUAUAAAAUCUCGAGUGUAUUUGAAAUAAACCUUUCUUUUUAUUAUAUUAUGCAAUAAGUGGUUGAUUCUCCUAUAAGUAAAAAGAAGAAGAAAAAAAACCACGCAAAAAACCGGUUGCAUUUAAAGAAAGUAAAGAUUUGAAGAUAAAUUUUGUGUCCAAACGCACGACGCGCAAUUCAUUUAAGGUGUGCGGUUUUUCCUUUGAUCGAGUAACAAUUCAAUAUCUGAGCACAAAUUGGCCAAAUUCCUAUCAACUUUACAAGCACCAAACAAAAAGAAAAAGAAUUCCUUUUGGGAAUUUAACGAACAAAAAAAGAAAUACUUUCAAAAUAUUCGAUAAUAAGUAUAAGCAAAGAACAAAGGAACGCAACAAUUUCCGAUGAAUUCAAAAGAAUUUUAAGUGCAGUCAAUUUGAUUUCGUGGAACAUUUUUCGCCUCCAAAGUAAUUUUUAUUUGUGGUCUUCGUUGAAGAAAAAAAGAAAAGAAAACGUCGACGUCUAAAUACUUGAAAGUUACGUGUAGAUCGUGAUCUCGAGAGAAACAAAUCGAAAAUAAAAAAAACAGAAAUCAAUACGUUUAUCAUGAUGAAUAAGAUUUUUGCUGUCGUUGGAGCUCUUUGUUUAACAACAAUUGUUGGAUGCAAUGCACAGAAGAGAGACCAAGAAGAUCCGUGCAAAACAAAAGCUCGUGUUGUUGGUGAUGUAACCUAUUGCGAUCGAUACUGGGAAUGUGGAAGUGACAAUCAACCAGAACUAUAUGAUUGUCCAAAUGGUUUGGUAUUUGCUGGUAAACAUCGUGGUGUAACUGAAGGUUGUGAUUACCCGUGGCGUUCCGAUUAUUGCGAUGGCAAACAAUUAGCAAAUGGACCGGUUCAAACAGAUCACUGUGAUUGGUUGUAUGGAAUCUUCGGACAUGAGACAUCCUGCACUCGAUACUGGACAUGUUGGAAUGGUACUGCCACGGAACAACUCUGCAUUGGUGGUUUGCUUUAUAAUGAAAAUGCUCACAGUUGCGACUGGCCGGAAAAUGUUGAGGGUUGUCAAAAGCAUCCAUUGUGCAAUGACGAUGCAAAUGGAAAUGUCCCAUUGGGCAAAAGUUGCAAUCGAUAUUGGCAGUGUCAAGGGGGCUAUCCUCGUUUACAGCGUUGUCCAGCACAGCUUGUUUUUGAUCGUAGAUCGUUGCGGUGCGUUGUUCCACCAACGGAAGAUUGUGACAUUCCAACUACACAACUGCCACUCGAAAGUGAUCUACAAGAAAAUGUACAGUUGCCCAGUCGCGGCAAUGAUCAUGCCGGAUCACAUGAUCAUCAAAGGCAAUUUGAAGAAGAUGACGACAACAGUGGUGUUUUGCCGCAUUUACUUAUAAGCACAUAUAGUCAUAGAAGACCAUGAACAGUAUUUUAAGAAAGUGCAUCGUUUUGCCUUCAACUCACAAAAGAUAUCAUUUUUGUUUUUCAUUUUAUUCUCUUUACUAAUAUUUUCUGCUAUUUUUUUUUUCAAUCCACUUGAAAAUACGCCUUAAACUAUGAUUUAUUAUUACUACACAUCAAAUGUAAAACAACAACAAAAUCUAAAAC